UGACGUAGCAAACUUCCUGUUUAGUGUUCUAACGUGAUUUUGGAGAGCGGGAAGAAUCAUGGGAACAGCGGAGUGAAGAUAAACAGCUUGUAUUCGCCAAGUUUGUGUACUUAAGAAUAUUUUUUAUUUACAAACGUCAGCUGUUGAACAGCAGGAAAUAGCUGCCAUAACUCAAUUUAUUAACGAACAUGGCAGCCUCUCCUGUGGAGUACACCAUCGGCGGAGUGAAGGUCCACUUCCCCUGCAAGGCUUACCCAUCCCAGCUAGCCAUGAUGAACUCAAUCAUGCGAGGGUUAAACUACGGACAGCACUGUUUGCUGGAGAGUCCCACAGGCAGUGGCAAAAGUCUGGCCUUGCUCUGCUCUGCUCUGGGCUGGCAGCAAGCCCAACAUGCUAAACAGAAAGAAGGAGGAGGUCAUGUUGGGGACAAAGGUCAGUCAGAGAAAAAUUUGGGCGACUGCAAGAAGUCAGAAUCUCCAACUCGCUGUUCCUGUGUGUGCCACAGCAACGCUGAUAGAGCAGCAGUCCAGCCUGAUGGUUUGGACAAAGAGAGAGGCCAGCCAUUGCACAUAGCAUCAGAACAUGUGCCAUCGCCAGGGGAGUCACAAGCCAAGAAACCAUCUUUAGCAUCUCGUCUGUCAGAGAAAGUCCAAACGUCUCUUGACUCAGACUGCGAGAAAGAUGAGGACUUCAGACCAGACAGGAAGCGCCUCCGUACUGCAGGGUUUAAGAGCCAGAAAAGGCAGCACACACAACAAGGGGUCAUAUUCAUAGAUGAUGAGCCUGAGCUGGAGAAGGAAACAUCUGAUCCUCAGAGUUGGAGAACAGCAUCAAGCAACCAGGCUGCUGGUUUGUCCUCAUCAUGCAGUGCCUCUCAACCCUGCUCCCGCUGCCCAUGUGCAUCAGCCAAAGACAUGUUGAAGGACAAAGAUGGCAGAAAGAAGAUUCCAAAGAUUUUUUUUGGCACACGGACCCAUAAACAGAUAACUCAGAUUGCUCAUGAGCUGAAGCGCACCGUUUACUCCGGCGUACACAUGACCAUCCUAUCGAGCCGAGAUCACACGUGUGUCAACGCAGAUGUGGCGCCUCAUUUCAACCGCAACGAGCGCUGCAAAGAUCUGCUGGAGGCCAAAGAUGGAAGGUCGUGCAGGUACUACCACGGUGUACAAAGGAUGCGGGAGCAGCACACGCUCCAGCGGGUCCAUGGGCUGCGUGAAGCUUGGGACAUCGAAGACCUGGUCACUCUAGGGAAAAGGCUUCGUGCUUGCUCUUACUACGCUGCUCGGGAACUUAUGCAGGGUGCCUCUAUUAUCUUUUGUCCGUACAACUACCUGCUGGAUCCAAUGAUCAGAGAGAGUAUGGAGAUUGACCUGGCAGGCCAGAUCUUGGUGCUGGAUGAGGCCCAUAACAUUGAGGACUGUGCAAGGGAAAGUGCCAGCUACGCCCUAGAGCUGGCCACCCUGCAGUCAUCCAGAGAUGAACUGGACGGCAUGGUCAACAGUAACAUUAGACGCUCCAAGCACGAGCCUCUCAGGGACUUCUGUUAUGUUCUAAUCAACUGGAUCCAAGAGAGCCAAGAGCUGUUGUCUGAACGUGGAUUUGAGAGUGCCUGCAAAGUCUGGAGUGGAAAGGAUACACUGAGUAUUUUCCACAGUUUGGGCAUCACAGCUGACACCUUCAGUAACAUGAAGCAAAACCUGGCAUCUGUGUUGGAGAAGGAGGAGCGUGUUGGUGUGGUUAAUGGUAAGGAGGACAUGGUGCUGGUCCCAACCAUCGGCUCAUCCACAGCCACUGUACUGAAAAACCUCUUCAUGGUGUUGGAUUAUCUCUAUAGGGACAACCGCCGGUUUGCUGAGGACUACCGCGUAGCAUUGCAGAGGAGCUACACCUGGACGAAUCAGGUCCCACCUGACGUCCCUGAUGCCCAAGGCUUUUUGGUCCGGUUCCGCGCCCGACACCGUCAAAGCAUCCGGGUCAAGAGGGAGGUCUUGACGCUGAGUUUUUGGUGUCUCAACCCUGCUGUGGCUUUCUCUGACCUGAGUGCUACAGUACACAGCAUUGUGCUGACAUCAGGAACCCUGUCACCCAUGGCCUCGUUCUCCUCUGAACUUGGGGUGAAGUUCACCAUCCAGCUAGAGGCCAACCAUGUGAUCAACAAAUCCCAGGUCUGGGUGGGCACUGUUGGUGCAGGACCCCAAGGCCAAAAACUCUGCGCCACUUUUCAGCACACGGAAACAUACACCUUUCAGGAUGAGGUGGGGGCUUUGCUGCUCCAUGUCUGCCAGGUCAUGUCCAAAGGUGUCCUCUGCUUUCUGCCUUCUUACAAGAUGCUGGACAAGCUGAGAAUGCGUUGGCUCGACACUGGUCUGUGGGAGAAGCUGGAGCAAAAGAAAACUGUGGUCACAGAGCUCCGCGGUGGUGGCAAGGGAGAUUUUGAUGAGCUGCUUCAGACGUACUACGAUGCCAUCAAAUACUGCGAAGGAAGGGACGGUGCACUGCUUAUUGCUGUAUGCAGGGGUAAGGUCAGUGAAGGCCUAGACUUUACAGAUGACAAUGCCAGGGCAGUGGUCACCAUUGGAAUUCCCUUUCCAAACAUCAAAGACCUCCAGGUAGAACUGAAGAUGAAGUACAAUGACCAGCACUGCAAGUCCAGAGGUCUCCUUCCGGGCCAUCGCUGGUAUGAGAUUCAAGCCUACAGAGCUCUUAACCAGGCCCUGGGGAGAUGCAUCCGGCACAGGAAUGACUGGGGUGCAUUGAUUCUUGUUGAUGACCGAUACAAGAGCAAUCCGAAUAAAUACAUCACAGGUUUGUCUAAAUGGGUCCGCCAGCUCGUCCAGCAUCACAACACCUUCAACAAUGCAAUGCAGUCUCUGGCAGCUUUCUCUCAGGUGCAGCAGAAGGUGGAGGUGGCCCCCGUGGACAGUCUGACGCACAGCUCUUCUGAUAUGUCAAGCCAGAGUCCCUUGUCAGUUCUUGUUGAGAGACAGGGUGUUAGCGCAGAACCAGAACCUCAGAGAUCCGGUUUAUGUGACAGACCACCUAAUCCCCAGCAGAAUACAAGCACACAAGUGAAAACUGAACAAAAUAAUACGGCAGAACCACGGAAGACACUGCAAAGCGCUCCAGCUAGGCAACUCACGGCUCAGGCUUCAUAUCACAUUUUCACCUUUAAACCUACAAAAACCAACUUCAAGAAGCCGAUCUUUAAAGUAAAUCCACCAAAAAGCUCCAACCAGCCUGUGGGCCUGCAGAUCUCUUCUCCACCAGUGAAUACUGAAACACUUUGUCCUGGACAAGAGACUGGAAACUGUGAAAACACAGUGGAGCCCAAUAAUCUGGCUCCGGGGGUGUCUACAGUACCAACCCCUCCCAGCUUUGAAAGUGAAUCACCAGUACCAGCAAACACAUCUGAGGACGAGAGUGUUUUCUAUACCCCAGAACUUUUUGAGGAUGAAAGAGAUGAAGGAAGACCACACAAAGAGAACCCUGUGUCACCUCCCAGAGUUGGUGCUGGUACAGAGAGCUCAGCCCUUCCAUCCGAACAACUGGUUGGGUCUGAACAUGCCCAAGGGUUAGCCACUACUUUUGAUGGACAAAAUGCUGUUUCAGUCAGUACGCAAAGUACAGAGCUAACACAGGGACAGAAAGAGGGCAUCAGAGGAUGGCAGCUAAGUGAGAAAGGAGAGGAGGACGUGACCCAGAGCAGACAGAAAGGAAGUAGACUUCACAGACUGUCCAGGUCCAGGCAGAGAAUCCGCUUCAGUCAGACAGGUAACCACCAGCCUGGACACUCAGAGUAGAUCCUUAAAGAAAAGGAAGGUUUCCACCAAAUAUUAGCAGAAGACUCAAAGCCUUGCAAUGAACGGACCAUGUUUGUACUGGAUCUUGCUUCUUGAUUUUUAUUUGAAGUUUUGAUCUUAAAUUGCUUGUUUCCACAGUGAUGCUAAGCAUGUUAUAUGCCUCAGGCAAUUAAAACACACUACCACUGUGCAUACAGUAGAUGAUGAGCCUUGAGCCAUCUCUGGUCAGCUGCUUAUGCACUGUGACAGCGCUUCUUAUUAAGGCCCAUUCUCAGCUCAGAUACAUAGAACCAACCAACAUUAUCAAGAUUGCUGCACAAAUUGAACAUCUUUUUUGGGCAAAUCAUUAAAAUACAAAAGCAGGAACUCAUCUGCUUUCUGCAGAAGUAAAUAAUUAUUUAGUUCAGUUUAAUGAUGUGUCUGUAGGCAAUGGCUAAACAAAGGGGAAGCUCUAUUAUGCCUGAUUUAAUCCCAGAUGGAGGACCAUCUUAUUUUGGUUCUCUUAUUAAGUAAUUUUACAUUACACACUGAAUGACUGUUUAUAGGUUGUGUGCACUUGUUUUACUUAGAAAACAUACAGAUCAGUAGCUAUAAGUCAAGCUACAACCGACUGUUAAAAUGGUUUUAUUUUGUUCUGUUCCUUCAGUUCUUCUAAUACAGUUGUUCUAAAUCCUUCAGAGCCAUGGGUAGAAAAGCAAUAAUACCACAAAGAAAACAGUCAUACGUUACAAGCAGACUCGCUGCAGCUUUCAUUAAAUAAAACAGAUAAAAUCAGUAAAAGCUGUACAAGGUGUCAUUACUAAGGCACUAAUGAUGUGCUGCUUUGUGUUCUCUCCAUUGGUUGGAUUAGAGUUUUCUUACAUUUGUGGUUGGUUGUUUUUGUGGAUCAGACCAAGAGACCCAUAGAUGAUCUCUGAGGUUUCACCACCUGAGCAAUCAGAAAUAUACAUCAUGGUAUUUUCUCCCAAUUAUGCUGUUGUUGGAGGUUUUGAUGAUUUCUUUACCAUAUGUGAUAAUACAAAUGAAAUGUCAAUGUUUAUUUCUUGAAUAAACACAGCUAUAAUAUCUCA